CUAGGAAAGGGAAGAUGCCGUUGUUUGAUCGAGAUCGCUACCAGAGGCUGCCGCUGGACGUCGGCGGCGGUGGCGCCCGGCGGCCCGCGUCGUCCUGCGCCACGGCCACGAUCGUCCUCUUCGUGGGGCUCUGCCUCGUCGCCGCGUGGAUGAUGGCGCCCACGAGCAACGUCCCGAUGGGCGUCUCACCGGACAAGGCCGGGGAGGACACGGACGUCGGCUUGACCCGCAGCGUCGUCAAGGGUGGCGACGCCGACAUUACACAGGCAACAGACAAGGCCGCCAAGGAGGACCACGACGGUCCGGCCGUGCAAACGACGGAGGUCGACCAGAGCGCAGAGAAGACGGAUGCCGAUGCCAGCAGCACCACCGCAGGCAAGCCCGACGGCGACACCGUAGCCGGGGUCGAGUCGCCGUCCAAGAACCUCACAUCCUCUCACGACAGCGGCAUGACGGAAGGCGGGGAUGUGGCCAAGCCGGAGGAAGACCGCGACAAGAAUGUCCAGAAUAACACGGAGGAGGCGACGACCGACAAGAGCGCCGAGGAUGCAUCGACAGGCACGAACCAGAGCAGCGGCAACAACGCCGACCAGAACACGGAGGCGGCGACGACCGACAAGGGCGCCGAGGAUGCGUCGACAGGCACGAACCAGAGCGGCGGCAACAACGCCGAGCAAAACACGGAGGAGGCAACGACCGACAAGAGCGCCGAGGAUCCGUCGACAGGCACGAACCAGAGCAACACGGAGGAGGCACCUAGAGACACGACGGACACCGGUGACCAGAUUGAUAAAAGCUCCGACACUACGGAGACCGGCGGCCAGGGCGAGAAGAACGUCGAGGCGGCGCCCACCGAGAAGAAGGGUGAGACAGAAGAUAACAUCACCAACAAGAACGCCGAAGAGACGCCGGCCUAUGCAAAAGAAGCUGGCGACGACGGCACGGAGAAGAACCAGACAGCCUUCGACGACCGGACCGGCGACGAUGCGGCCACCGGCGCUGCAUCCAAGAACCAAACGUUCGUCGACAAGAAGGACACGCCCAGGAACCAGACAACUACAACGGUAGAGGACACACUCUCUGAAGAAGACGGGAUGGUUCUAACGAACAGUAGUACCGCCAACCAAGGCGAAGAGAGGCCAGUGACGGAGCCGGUGACCGGCGGCGACACAGAAACGGCAGAGCUGCUGCCGAGCGGGCAGGCGGAGCUGCUCAACGAGACGACGACGGCUGAGCAGGACGUCACGUUCCCGACACAGGCGACGGAGUCGAGCGAGGAGAAGGCGCAGAACAGCAGGAAGGAGCACAAGAACAAAGGCAACGUGGUGGUCGUCGUCGGCGAGUCGUCCACGGAGGAGGCCUCGUACGUGUGGAAGCUGUGCAACACGAGCGCCGGCGCGGACUACAUCCCGUGCCUGGACAACGAGGCGGCCAUCAAGGGGCUCAAGAGCAACAAGCACUACGAGCACCGCGAGCGGCACUGCCCGUCCCCAGCGCCGUCAUGCCUGGUGCCGCUGCCGGAGGGCUACCGGCAACCGAUCCCGUGGCCGGAAAGCCGCGAGAGGAUCUGGUACAACAACGUGCCGCACACCAAGCUGGCGCUGUACAAGGGGCACCAAAACUGGGUGAAGGUCUCCGACGACGGCGAGCACCUGGUGUUCCCGGGCGGCGGCACGCAGUUCCUGAACGGCGCGUCGCACUACAUCGACGUGAUCCAGGAGGCGCUCCCGGCGGUGGCGUGGGGGACGCGCAGCCGCGUGGCGCUUGACGUCGGCUGCGGCGUGGCAAGCUUGGGCGGGUACCUGUUCGACAAGGACGUGCUGGCCAUGUCGUUUGCGCCCAAGGACGAGCACGAGGCGCAGGUGCAGUUCGCGCUGGAGCGCGGGAUCCCGGCCAUCUCGGCCGCGAUGGGCACGAAGCGGCUCCCCUUCCCCGGCGGCGCCUACGACGUGGUGCACUGCGCGCGGUGCCGCGUGCCGUGGCACAUCGAGGGAGGCAAGCUGCUGCUGGAGGCGAACCGGCUGCUCCGGCCCGGAGGGCUGUUCGUGUGGUCAGCGACGCCGGUGUACCGGAAGGACGCGGAGAACGUGGGGAUCUGGCAAGCCAUGGCUGCACUGACCAAGUCCAUGUGCUGGGAGAUGGUGACGAGGACGAGCGACACGGUGGACCAGACCGCCAUGGUCAUCUUCAAGAAGCCGUCCAGCAACGAGUGCUACAGCAAGAGGAGCCGGGCGGAGCCGCCGCUGUGCGAGGAGUCGGAUGACCCCAACGCAGCAUGGAACAUAACGCUGCAGGCGUGCAUGCACAGAGUGGCCACCGAGCCAGCGGCGCGAGGCUCGCGGUGGCCGGAGCAGUGGCCGGAGAGGCUGACGGCGGCGCCCUACUGGCUGAACGAGAGCCAGGUGGGCGUGUACGGCAAGCCCGCGGCGGAUGACCUGGCGGCGGACACGAAGCACUGGAGGGAGGCGGUCAACAGCUCGUACCUGAGCGGCAUGGGCAUCGAGUGGAAGAACGUGAGGAACGUCAUCGACAUGCGAUCCGUCUACGGCGGGUUGGCGGCGGCGCUGCGCGACAUGAAGGUGUGGGUGAUGAACAUCGUGUCGGUGGAGUCGCCGGACACGCUGCCCAUCAUCUACGAGCGCGGGCUCUUGGGGAUGUACCAUGACUGGUGCGAGUCCCUGAGCACGUACCCGAGGUCGUACGAUCUCGUCCACGCCGACCAUCUCUUCUCCAAGCUCAAGUACAGGUGCAAGGUGAGGCUGGUGAUGGCGGAGGUGGACCGGAUCCUCAGGCCGGAGGGGAAGAUGAUCGUCCGUGACGACAGGGAGACGGCCGAGGAGGUGGAGAGAAUCGCCAAAUCUCUGCAUUGGGAGGUCCGGAUGGCCGUGUCAAACCAGGGGGAGAGGCUGCUCUGCUUCCACAAGACCAUGUGGCGACCCACCCAAGUCCAACCACUGGGCUAGGAACACUACUACCAGUACUUUGCAAACACAUGAGCAUGGCAGCAAUAACGAAAAUAAGCCUAGGAUUCUUCUUGUUCACAAGUUUUGUACUUGUACGACAAGGAAACUGUUAAGAACAUUAUCAGGUCUGAAACUCAACACUCGAUUUGUAUGGUAAAAUAUUUCACUAAUGGCACUACAAAGUAUCAACUCCAAAGAACAUCUCCUUCCUUCAGGCAACAAUAGUGAUGGCUCAUCAUUACUGCAUGAACAAAACUGAAGCAAACAUCGGCUAAAACACUUGCGAUAACAGGGACUGACUGACUGACUGACUCUUUUUGUUUCUCAAUCAUCCAGGCAUUAAGCUAGUACGUAAAAUUGCAUUACACCCCAGUGCCAUAGUAUCAAGCUAUCUAACAAAAUCUUA